AUGGCGGCGGCAGCGGCAGCGGCAGCAACUUCUCGUGACACCAGUCGCAACGUCACCAGCCGCGUGCAGCUCGAGCCGCCGCGGCCCGAUUCAGUGCCGUCAGUUCUACGGACCGGUUCAGUGAUUUUGAAGCAGAGCAAGCGGAGGAAGAAAAGCGAGGAUUGCGUUAUGGUGGAGAACCUGAAGAAAAGCACAAGGAGCAGGCGGUUCAGCAUUCACGAACAUGAAGGCUCGCAUGAACCGGCACCGGCGGUGGCGGCGACGCCAGACGUGCGUGCUAGGACGAGGACCGCAGUGGCGAACGUGACGGUGGGUGAUGCCGACGCGCUGGAGUGCGGCGUCUGCUUCCUCGCGCUCAGGCCUCCCAUCUUCCAGUGCGAGUUGGGGCACGUGGUGUGCUCGACCUGUCGCGACAAGCUGGAGGCCACCGGGAACGGCGUGUGCCAUGUCUGCGGCGUCGCCACGCGCGGCUACCGCCGGUGCCACGCCAUGGAGCACCUCGUGGACUGCAUCCGCGUCCCAUGCCCGUACGCGGCUUACGGCUGCGACGCUACGCCUCCCUAUCACGGCGAGGAAAGCCACCGCCAGGUGUGCCCGCAUGCGCCGUGUCACUGUCCCGGCGAGUCGUGCGGAUUCAUUGGCUCCAUAGCCGCUCUCCUCGACCACUUCGCCGGUGCACACGACUGGCCGUACACCACCAAGGUCAGGGCCAGGGCGACGUCAUUCAGCGUCCGCCUGCGUGUAGGAUUCAACGUCUUCGUCCUCGCGAACCAUGGCGGCGAUGACAACGGUGACCAAGCGGGGGCCACAUCCCGCAGCGUCCCGUUCCUGUUCCUUCUGAACGUGACGCAGGAACGGCUCGGCCAUGCCAUCUCCGUGCUCUGCAUCCGUCCUCGUCAUGCCACAGCCACAGCUCCUGCCAUUGCCACCGGUGUUGAUCGGCCGGUGUCGAGACGCCGGGAGCUUGUGCCGUAG